CUGAAGGAUGGCUGCCAUUUUGGGGGAUGCCAUCAUGGUGGUCAAAGGCCUCGCCAAGCUAACGCAGGCGGCCGUGGAGACCUACCUGCAGCACCUGGGCCUUGGUGGGGAGCUCAUCCUGGCCGCCAGGGCCCUGCAGUCCACGGCCGAGGAGCAGAUCGGCGUGGUCUUCGGCAGUGUGCAGGGUCAGGAUAAGCAUGAAGACCCUUACGCCACGGAGAGCUUCGAGGACCUGGAAGUCGAGUUCUCUGCAGCCUCCUCCCCCGACCAGUCGUCGCCUCCGCCCUGGGAUCAGGGCAGCAGUGAGGGCCCGGCUCCUGCCUACGCCGCCAGUGGGCCCUUCAGAGAAGGCAGCCUCCCGGGCCAGGCCGCCGCCGCUCUGGGCAGGGUCAACGGGAGGCUCUUUGCAGACCCGAGAGACCCGUUCUUUGCCACGGGCCUUCAGCGAAGGUUCCUGCACCAGGACCAGUCCCCCAUGGGCGGCCUCACGGCUGAGGACAUUGAGAAGGCCCGACAGGCCAAGGCUCGCCCCGAGAACAAGCCCCACAAGCAGAUGCUCAGUGAGCGGGCUCGGGAGCGGAAGGUACCAGUUACGCGGAUUGGGCGGCUGGCCAACUUUGGAGGUCUGGCCGUGGGUCUGGGCUUUGGGGCGCUGGCCGAGGUCGCCAAGAAGAGCCUGCGUUCCGAGGACCCCUCAGGGAAGAGGGCCGUGCUGGACUCCAGCCCCUUCCUGUCGGAGGCCAACGCGGAGCGCAUCGUGAACACGCUGUGCAAGGUGCGCGGUGCCGCGCUCAAGCUGGGCCAGAUGCUGAGCAUCCAGGAUGACGCUUUCAUCAACCCCCAUCUGGCCAAGAUCUUCGAGCGGGUGAGGCAGAGCGCUGACUUCAUGCCGCUGAAGCAGAUGACGAAAACUCUCAACAAUGAUCUGGGCCCCAACUGGCGGGACAAGCUGGAGUACUUCGAGGAGCGGCCCUUCGCGGCCGCCUCCAUCGGGCAGGUGCACCUGGCCCGCAUGAAGGGCGGCCGCGAGGUGGCCAUGAAGAUCCAGUACCCUGGCGUGGCCCAGAGCAUCAACAGUGAUGUCAAUAACCUCAUGGCCGUGCUGAACAUGAGCAACAUGCUUCCGGAAGGCCUGUUCCCCGAGCACCUGAUUGACGUGCUGAGGCGGGAGCUGGCCCUGGAGUGCGACUACCAGCGCGAGGCCGCCUGCGCCCGGAGGUUCAGGGAGCUGCUGAAGGACCACCCCUUCUUCUACGUGCCCGAGAUCGUGGACGAGCUCUGCAGCCCCCACGUGCUGACCACAGAGCUGGUGUCCGGCUUUCCCCUGGACCAGGCGGAGGGGCUGAGCCAGGAGGUCCGGAACGAGAUCUGCUACAACAUCCUGGUCCUGUGCCUGAGGGAGCUGUUCGAGUUCCACUUCAUGCAGACGGACCCCAACUGGUCCAACUUCUUCUACGACCCUCAGCAGCACAAGGUGGCUCUUCUGGACUUUGGGGCAACUCGGGAAUACGACAGGUCCUUCACUGACCUCUACAUUCAGAUCAUCAGGGCCGCCGCCGACCGGGACCGGGAGGCCGUGCGGGAGAAGUCCAUCGAGAUGAAGUUCCUCACCGGCUACGAGGUCAAGGCCAUGGAGGAUGCCCACCUGGAUGCCAUCCUCAUCCUGGGGGAGGCCUUUGCUUCCGAGGAGCCUUUUGACUUCGGCACCCAGAGCACCACCGAGAAGAUCCACAACCUGAUUCCCAUCAUGCUGAAGCACCGGCUCAUCCCGCCCCCCGAGGAGACCUACUCACUGCACAGGAAGAUGGGGGGCUCCUUCCUCAUCUGCUCCAAGCUGAAGGCCCGGUUCCCCUGUAAGGCCAUGUUCGAGGAGGCCUACAGCAACUACUGCAGGAGGCAGGCCGGGCAGCAGUAGCCGGCCGGCGCUCGUGGGGCCUCUCCGCC